CGCCAAGCAAGCCAUGGCUCCGCGCUCCAGUGCCUGUCGCCGCGUACUAGCCGUACCGCGUUCGCUUGUAUCCCAAAACAAGCGCCGCUUUCAGCAGGAUGGCUUCGACCUGGAUCUGGGUUAUGUGCACCCGCGUGUCAUUGUCAUGGGUUACCCCGCUGUGGGCGUCGAGUUCCUCUUCCGAAACCCACGGUCAGAGGUGCAGCAGCUCCUGGAAGAGCGCCAUAGCGGACAUUAUUUCGUCUACAACUUCUGCGACGAGUGCAAACGGAGCUACCCAUCGAGCAUCUUUAAUGGACGUGUCAAGAAUUAUCCCAUUGAAGACCACAAUGUCCCAACGUUCCAGAUGAUGAUGGCGUUCUGCGACGAAGCUGCCGCUUGGCUGGAUGCAAACGAGAAGCAUAUCGUGGCGCUACAUUGCAAGGCCGGAAAAGGAAGAGCUGGUAUGAUGGCGUGUAUGCUUCUCUUACGAAUGGGCUUUGCAGCCUCAGCGAACGACGCGAUUGAUCGCUACAACCGAGAGCGCGUGAAUGAUCGUCGAGGUCUUACAGUUGUCAGUCAGAAGAAAUGGGUAAACUACUACGCGGCGUUGCUAGCGCAGACCGCCGUUCAAGGAGAACCCAUCCUAGAACCGACUUUUGUGAUUCAGAAAUUGAUGCUGAACAACACACUGACAGCAACUAGGCCGCCAAAGUUGCGUCUACGUAUCUACUCGCUACGCUCUGACGGGUCUCCCAAGACGUUGAUCCACCACCAAAUCGGUUCCAACGAGUUCGAGUUGCACGAGGAAAUCCGUGGAUGCGUCCUGCUCGAGUUUUACCGUGAGCGUGUGGGUGGGUGCAUGCGAGCCAAGCAUUUCAAGAUCUGGUUCAACACGCUCUUCCUCAAACUUGACAAGGAGACCGGAUGUGUUGUCUUCUCUCGCCCAGAGAUGGACUGGGCUGCUCGAGACAAAAAAUAUCGUCGCUUGCCGGCCGCUUUUGAGUUGGAGAUGAUGGUUACGCGCUCCGACGAAUUGUAG